GUAGGGCACUAGGACCAUAGGGUUCCAACUUUCCUUUCCAUUUCUCCCAUCCCAGCUUCCUCCUCCUCCUCCUCCUCCUCCUCCUCCAGUGGCUUUAUUUUCUGGAAAACGUUCCAAUAUCUCUUGCAGCUUAAGCUCAAGUGCUCCAAGAUCUCUCGAAUCUUAAUCGAAAUCUUAAUCGAUCGUGCCAAUAGAGAAGACUGGGAGAAGUCUACUGCAACCCUGCAAAUCCACCUAACUGCCAAAGACGACGCCGUAGCCAGUUCCUGCUCAUCUUCCACCAUUUUAGGGCUUUGCGACUUCUGGUUAUCUUCUGCGCAGGUGAAAGAGAGUGGACAUGGAUGCUUUCAAGGCUUUCAAAGCCUGUGUUCCAGUUGCAUGGAGCCCUAAUCUAUAUAUUACCUUGGUGAGGGGCCUGCCAGGCACUAGGAGGCUUCAUAGGCGCACCCUGGCGGCAAUGCGGCUCCGCAAAUCCAACAGAACUGUUAUGCAAUCGAAUACACCUUCUCUUAGGGGAAUGCUUCAACAGGUUAAGAGAUUGGUCGCGAUAGAGACAGAAGAGAUGUUUAAGGCUCGCAAGCAAAAAGAAGCAGCACACCGAGCUCUACGGCCUCCAUUGGUUGUGAACCAUUGCGUACCUGAUUCCUCUUAGCAAUCAUGUGGGAUUCUUCACAGGGAUAUGCGGUUGUCUGGUGGAUGUGGUUUGCUAGAAGACACAAGCUGAAAGAGCUAUUCAAAUCAUCAGUUUUUGUUGGACAGUAUUGUAUUGGUUCUUCCUUGAUUACUGUUGUUUUCAUUUUGAGACAAGGAGAAUAGUCAUAAAUCCAGAAUUGGAAAUUAGAACAGAUCCAGACUGUAGCAAGAGUUGUCUUGCUUCCAAGAUAAAGAACAGCAUUCAUGGUUUUAUAAGAUAAACUUGAUGCCUUCACCGGCAUUGGUCCCA